AUGAAAGCUGAAACAACCCGUGGAAAAUUUUCAAAUCCUAAACCAGAUUUGGUUAAAGAGGUUAUGGAAACUACCAAAGAAGCACCAAUAGGAGGCUAUGGGAUAGGAAGUAACGCUCCAUUAAAAUAUGCAGCUAUAAAAGCACAAAUAUCUAAACCAUCAAAAAUUAAGUUAGCCCAAUUAUCUCAAUCAACUUUGGAAGAAUCAAUAAUAAUAGAUCCAAGUGAAAUUGUAAUUCCAUUGAAACCAUUAGAAAAUCUAGAAUUAUCAAACGUUGAGAAAGGUUUAAAAGAUUCCACCUCAAGUGUUAAUGGCUAUGGCGAGGAUACCGAUAAUAAAAGAGAGUCUCAAGCGUCUUCAGGAUCAUGGCCUUCGUGGAUUUAUACUUAUUAUACUCGUGCUUACGACUCUUAUACUAUGAAAUCUACCUCUUCAAAAAGAAAUGGAGAUACAAUAUCGUCAUCUGCUGAUAAUAGUAACAGUUUAUCAUCUGUUGCUGGUGCUGGUGUUGGAAAUCCUGCAUCAAAACAUCAAGAGGAAUCUCCCAUAUGUCCUUACGGUUCAAUAUUAUUUCUAUUAGGGUUUUUAUUUCCUCCUUUAUGGUGGCUUGGGUCGAUUUAUCCUCGUAGACCUUUUACUAGUUCCGAUUUUAAAUGGAAAUAUUAUAAUAAAUUGAUGUCAGCAUUUUCAUCGAUAUUGAUAGUUGGAAUUAUUGCUAAUCUUACAUCACCAAUUGUUGGAUAUGAAGACGAUGAUGAUAAUAACUUGGUUGCUUCAUAG